AUGUCUCGCGGCGAGCAGGAGAUCGAUCUUUCACAGCUCUUUUCGGACGUCUCUCGUACCGUUCACGGCAUCAAAAGUAUGCUGGGCAGCAACGAGGCUUCUACUGAUUCGCAUAACUCCGGACUUUUUCCAGGCAACGUUUGUCUUAAAGCCUGUGGUAUGGAGGAUAUUCAAUUUGCUGCUCGGUUUAAGGUUAUCGUAUAA